AAGCCGUGCAUCCAUGACCAGCCACCAUCAACACCAGCGAAACGCCAUCAACCCCGCGCUGCCUCGAACCAGACGCCGCCCCCCGUCGAGGAACCGGCGGAACCAACAGCAACAUCAACCCGUCACACCCGCGCCGCCUCUGUUCUCCUUCACGCUGCUUCCUCUCCGCUCCAAACUCCGGCCAAUUGACGCCGGAAAAGAGUAAAACUCAUGACGGAUUUUUUCGAAAUCCAUCUGAGUUUUUAGAAAAUGGGUAAAGCUACGAGGUGGUUCAAGGGGUUGCUUGGGAUGAACAAAGACAAGCAAAAUGUAGGCAUGUUGAAUUCCUCUGUAAAGAGAGACAAGAAAAGAUGGAGCUUUAGGAGGAAGUCUUCUAAAGAAUCUACUAGUGAGAAUCUAGUGAACUUUUCGGGGAGUGUCCCUGAGGUGGAUACUAAUUGGCUGAAAUCUUACAUAUCUGAGAAUGAAACGGAGCAGAGGAAGCAUGCAAUUGCUGUGGCUGCGGCUGCAGGCGAUGCUGCGGUAGCCGCAGCGCAAGUUGCCGUGGCAAUGGUGAGAUUGACAAGUCAAGGUAGGGGUGGUAUGUUUAAAUGGGCUGCUACUAAGAUUCAAAGUGUUUUCAGAGGUUAUUUGGCCAGAAAAGCACUUAGAGCUCUUAAAGGACUCGUGAAAUUUCAGGCUCUGGUAAGAGGUUUCCUAGUCCGAAAAAGAGCUGCUGCAACUCUUCACAGCAUGCAGGCGCUCUCUGCUGUUCGUUCUCAAAGAGCUCGUCGUUCAAUGACUAAUGACACUAGACACCAACCCGAGAUGCGAGCUAGGAGGUCCCAUAGUGUGCGUUUGCAGACAGUGUCAGCUGUGGUAACUGAGAAGUCCCCCCUAGUGAAUUCAGAUGCUCAGCCAUCUAGCAGCAGGGGUGAUGUGCAAAACAAUCAGAAACAGAUGAAAUUAAACAAUCAGAGUUUAAAUGUGAAGUGCAAAAUGCGCUGGACAUAGAGAAACUUCAGUCUGAUCUAGCCGCAGCAGUUAGAGGUAACGACAUUCUCAAAUGUGAAGUGCAAAAUGCGCUGGACACUCUUUCUUGUGCCCUAUACAAGUUGGAAGAUCUCGAGCUUCAGGUGCUAAAAAUGGAUGAACAUAUCAACCAGCUGACAAAUGAUUUGCAGGAAUGCAUGAAGGAACUGCGGGCGUCUUGUGGGUAGAUACCCCGACGAAGACAUUCUUAUGAAAGAGGGUCAAAUCACAAUCUUGAAAGACUCGAUAGGCAAACGACCUUCUUGCAAGUCUUGAUUCUCUGCUAGAGAAUUUCUGGUGGAGUGAUGGAUGAGAAAUGGCCAAACUACAACAUAUUUUGUUCAUUGACUAAGUGUUCAUAUACUUAUUCUUUCCCCCUUUGAUAUUAAAUAGAAAGUUUGCUUCUUUCUUUUGCAACCUUUUUGAAUCUCCAAUUGUAAACAUUUCUUUUACUUGUGGUGAUCAAGACAAUGAACUUCUUUUUGCUUCA